AUGUCGAGCAAGUACAGUGCGCUUCCAGACAUCGACACUCAACCAGAUGUUUACGAAACACCAGAUUCCCCUGAUGAAGCUGAAGUCUCUGACGAUGGAUUCUUAAAUGUGGAAGAGCCCAAUGAAGACAUCGUCCGUGACAAAAUUUCAGUUGGCGAGGCUGUGGAUAAGUUUAAGGGUAGCGACGCUAACAGUGAUGAAUCAGAACUCGAUCGAUUCACUCGCCAUAAGAAACAAAUGUACAAGAAAUUUGUCAAUCAGGCCUAUUUAGAGAAUGAAUAUGAGAUUGUUCCAAGAGACCCUACAUUAUUAGAAACUCCAAUUCAAAAAUUGAGAAGGUUGAUGUUUGAGGUGCAGGAACUUGGAGAGGAAAUUGAGAAAAAAAAGGAAGAUGCAGAGUUAUCUCAGAUCCCUCAGAACUCUCAAAGUGUGUUAUCAAACUUACAUAGCGAACUCUCACGUUUCAGUCAAUCCUUGGGUGAUACUGAUAUCUCAGAUGAUAAAGAUGGUGCGAUAAUAAAACAAGCUGAACUGGGCAAAAAAUUGAUCAAUCAAUUGCAGACAUUUAAAAAUAUGGGUAUGCCCAAGGAGAAUGGAAUAUCGGAGCAAAAGGAUGGAUCAAUAAAUGGUGAACCAACGACAAAUGGAACUAUAAAUGAAAGUAAUGAAAGUGCGAAAAAUAUGGUCACAUAUGAAUUGUAUUAUUCACCUGAAACUACCAGAGUUCACACUUUAGCCAAGACCGUUGAUCUCGAUGAUCGCAUCGCCGCCUUAGAAAAACUUGUCGGCACUGCUCAUGGUCAAAGUUUCGAGGAUCUCUCAAUUUCGAUAACAAACACCAAUCUUAUUGCCGCCGUGGAUAAGCUCGAUCAACAAAUGCAGAUUUUGGCACAACCACGUCACUUGGAAUCGGUUUCCCGCAAGGCCAAAACUUUGGUUGGGGAAUUGGAAAAGGUGAACGAGCUAAAGAACAAAGAGUUAUCAAAUGGUGGAGUCAUUGCUUUCGAGACAGAAGAAAAGCUAGACCCUCUGAUGUCCAUUGCGCCCUCCCUGGUUAAUCGCCUCAAAUCUUUACAACAGUUGCAUCAAGAAGCUGCAGUGUUCAGUGAGACUAUUGAUAUGUUAUCAAAUGAGCAGAAUAAAAUUACCGGAGAAUUGAAGAAUUUGGACGAUGUCGCUGCAAAACUUGAGAAUUCCUUUCAGGUCAAUAACGCGACAAUUAAUCGAAACAUUGAAGCUGUGGACAAUCGCGUUGCUGAACUUGCAGAACGCAUAGAUAAAUUGUUGUCAAACCGGAAAUAA